GGAUAACUCCAGCCAGGAUUUAUUUAUCUCUUUAUUUAUGUGUUUCCUAUGUCAUUCUGAAUUAUGGACACAUUCACACAAUCUUGAGAGGUAGCUCCUAAUGUGGCGUUCCAGAUAGAAUAUAUCGCAGUAGAUAAAUCGGGACAAGAGUAAAGGCAGCAUGAAGUCUUGUAAAUCAAGGAAUGACACUGCUGUUCAAGGCACGAAUGACAGCAGCAUUGUCAGCAAGUGUUCCAUGGCUCAUCAUGGUUAUUUCAAUGAUGAUUACUUAAAGCACUUUGCGGGUAAAUGUGGUCGAAGGGCCCCUCUGAUACACAGGGGGUACUACAUCAGAGCUAUGGCGAUAGAUCACUCUUUGGAACAAUUCAUCACUCUUACACCAGGAAAGAAACAAAUUAUAUCACUUGGGGCUGGAUUCGACUCGACAUACUUCAGACUGCAGUCAUUGGAUAAGAUGGACAAUUUGGAUUUUAUUGAAGUUGAUUUCCCAAGCGUUAUGAACAGAAAGCUAGCUUUGAUUAACCAAUCAAAUUCACUCAAGGAUUUGAUUAGCCCUGUUGAUAUGGAAACUGUCAAAUUGACUUUAGAAGCACAUGAUUUAUCAGGUGCUAUUAUAUUGAACACUGAACAAUACAAAAUGCUUGGAGUAGAUUUGAGCAACUUGCGUUUACUACAGGACGUGUUCAUGGCUUGUAAUAUAGACACAAGCAUUCCAACCCUGUUCUUAUCAGAAUGUGCAAUAACAUACAUGCCACUAAACAACUCCGAUAAACUCAUCCAAUUUGCAGCAGAACAUUUCCAGAAUUCAGUAUUUGUAUGUUAUGAACAAAUCAGUCCUGACGAUGCAUUUGGAAAAGUGAUGACGCAGCAUUUUAUUAAUGUUGGGUCACCAUUGAAAGCAAUUCAUCAGUACCCUCAAAAAGAAUCCCAAGUUAAGCGAUUCACAGAUCGUGGUUGGGAUAAAUGCACGGCAACUGAUAUGAAUGAAUUCUAUUACAAUAUACUAGAUAUGGAUGAAACAGAGAGGAUGAAAAAUCUUGAGAUAUUUGACGAAUUUGAAGAAUUUCACCUGAAAUGCUACCACUAUGUUGUUGUGUGUGCAUAUAAGGGUACAUGUUGCCAGAGAGAGGUUAUAAAAUUUGAUAGAACGUCAGAAAUUCUUAAAUCAAAUCCCCAGGAUUCCGUGAGUCUGAUCAUGCUUUCUGAUCUGGAAAAAUCCAACACGAUAUCUGAUAUGCAACGAUUUGGGCAUUCUUGCACUGAAGAUGAUGAGCUGAAUGUGAUCGUAACUGGUGGCUUUGGAGUACAUAACAAUGGACACACACGACUUACAGGUGUAACACUGUAUAAUGUUAAAAGAAAUGAAACAGUACAAGCAGAAAUUAUCAACUCUGAUAUACUUGGAGCACGUAUGUUUCAUACGGCUGCGAAACUAGAUGAUAAAAUAGUGAUUUUUGGAGGAAGGAAGUCCCCAGCUAAACCUCUCAAUGACCUCAUUGAAUUGUCAAAACUGGAACGUGUGGUCAAAAAUGAUCCCUCUUCAUCUUUGGUUUUGUCUUGCUCAGCAAUAGAUGUCACUGGAGAUGCACCAAAUCCAAGAUGGCGGCAUACAGCUGUUACCUGGCAACAAGGUGAUCACACCAAGCUUGUUGUAUAUGGUGGUUGUGAUAAGAAUCAAACCAUGGGAGAUUGUUGGGUGUACCAUAGCAACAGUCAACACUGGGAGAUCCUGGCUCCCUGUGGAGACUCACCUGGACCAAGACAUUCACAUACAGCAUCAAUGUGGACUGGUAACCAUGGCAAUUAUAUGGUUGUUGCUGGAGGCUUAGAUCAAAAUCUUCAACCUCAGAAUUCUGUUCACACUCUCAAUAUGGAGACAUAUCAAUGGUGCGAACUCCCAAUCAGGGGAGAAUUAUUUCAUAGAUAUUCCCACACAGCUCAUAUAUUAGAAGACAUGUUAAUACUGGUUGGUGGAGUGAAUUUAAAUUCUCCACCAGGUGUCGCAGUUGUAAAUUUAUCCACCAGGUUGAGCCAAGAGUUCAGUUUGACCAAUCAGAGCCCAAAGAUACAUUUCAUGUUGCAUAACCAUCAGUCUCUGUUGCUAAGCAACGGAGAUGUAUUAAUCAUGGGAGGGGGUGGAAAUUGUUUCUCAUUUGGAACAUAUUUUAAUCCCUGCUUGGCCAAAAUUGAAAUGGAAUAUGUGAUUAGUAAAUCCUGUUAAAAUUUUAGUGAAUUAAAUUUUUUAGCAAGAACGAUUCCAGCUACAGCAUUCCAUGGGUGUUCCUAAGUUAAGGGAAAUGCAGUAAUUAUUUUGGAUUAAUGCAAAACAAGUUGUCAAGGUGAUGUGAUUCAUGAGUUUUGUGUUUACUAUACUAAUCUAGAAUUUGCUGUUAGUUUUAUAUCAUAUCUUUCAAUAAAUGAUGUAAUCGUUACUUUGAAUAAAUAAAUUAAUGAAAA